AAUAGUGAUAUUGUAGAUAAUAGUUCUAUAUCCUCUCAGCAGAUCAACUAUACGGAAGAAAUAACAUACGGCCUCAAAAAUUCCAAUGAGUCUGAUAAAGGUGAUAAUUCUCCUGCAGUCAUAAAUGGCCCAAUUGAAUUAGAGCUUGACAAUGUUGAUGAUGAAGGAGACAUUGAAAUCAAAAGGAGUCAUCGUACAUCUAAGAAGCCUUUCUUGUUCUCUGAUACUGAAAGUGAUUUUCAGAAUGAUGACAUCAUAACUGAUGCUUCAUCGAGUGCUGAGAGAUUACCAAUAGAUGAGUCACAAGAAACUUCACCAGAAAAUGAAGACCAUGAUAGCUUAGAAGAU